AUGUCCGCUCCCAUCCUCUACGCCUUUGACUCGGUCCCCCAGCUCCAGCAGUCGCUGGCCGACUUUAUCCUCGCAGCCCAGACCGCUGCCAUUGCCAAGCACGGCCAGUUUACCGUCGCGCUUUCCGGCGGCUCGCUUCCCAACAACCUCGUCCCUCUUGCCAAGGUCGACGGUAUCCAGUGGGACAAGUGGGCCGUCUUCUUCGCCGACGAGCGUAUUGUUCCCCUCGACAACGCCGAGAGCAACUAUGCCGCCUGUGCCAAGGCCUUCCUUGCCCACGUCCCUAUCAAGCCCGAGCAGGUCCACCCCCUCAACGCAAAGCUCUUCCGCUCGUGGACGGUGACCGACCCCCUCGUCCAGCCUGCUGAUGCCGCUGGCAGCGCCGAGGAGGCCCAGGAGAUCGCCGACGACUAUGCCAAGCAGAUUGCGGAGGUCUUCAAGACCACCGAUACCCCGUCGUUUGACCUCAUCCUGCUCGGCAUGGGUCCCGACGGCCACACCUGCUCGCUCUUCCCGGGCCACCCGCUCCUUGACGAGAAGAGCGUCACUGUCGCCAAGAUUCUCGACUCGCCCAAGCCCCCUCCCAGGCGUGUCACCCUCACCUACCCCGUCCUCGACAAGGCCUCCCACAUCGCCUUUGUCGCGACCGGCGCUGGUAAGCAGGAGAUGCUGGCCCAGAUUCUCGACCAGCCCGAGCUUGGCCUCCCCUGCUCGCGCGUCCGCCCCAACGCGCUCGACAUUACCAUGACACAUGUCUCUCCCCCUGCUGACAACCACAGCCCCGGCAACGUGUACUGGUUUGUGGACAAGGCCGCCGCCGAGCAGACCAAGUACUCGCAGAGUGCUUUCGAGGUCCGCUCGUCGUUGUAG